AAGACUUGUUCGUUUAACGAGAAAGUAAUUCUUGCGCAGAGUCUUUGGUUGCCAUGGUUUGGUGUCGUUAGUAACUACUUGAACUGGAAGUUAUGCAUUAUCUUGGGCUUAUUAAUCUGAUAGCGUUGAUUUACACGCAUCCACGUCUGAUCCUCACCUUUUACACCGUGUUCAACCGCACGCCGAAAGACAACCGAAGAACGCCUUAUAGAUACAUUAGGUUUUCAAAUGCCAAGAAUAUCUGUUUUACAGAUCUUUACUUUUUCGUUAUUGAUCAGUGCCUGUGUAUUUGUCGCCAAUCAUGUAGCAAGAUAUCUUUUACGAGUGGAUGGUGGAUACUCCGAGUGGUCUGGCUUCAAUGAGUGUUCACGCACUUGUGGGGGUGGGAUACGAUUACGGAGACGAGAAUGUUCCAAUCCCUAUCCAAGACUAGGAGGACGUAACUGUUCCUCAUUAGGAAAACCCAUCCAAGUGUUCAAAUGCAACAGAAACCCGUGUCCAGUAAAUGGAGGUUAUGGAAGCUGGUUAUCUUUUGGACCAUGUUCAGUGACAUGUGGUGAUGGAUACAAACAAAGGCGACGACACUGUAAUCAUCCUUUACCAAAAUAUGGAGGAAAAACAUGCAAAGAAAUGGAGCUUGGGGACGAUACAGAAGCAGAGAAAUGUAACGAGCGGAAAUGUCCAGUCAAUGGUGGAUACUCAGAGUGGAGCGCGUUUGGUGAGUGUUCGGUGACAUGUGGAGGAGGUAUAAAGACACGUACUCGUGAAUGUACCAAUCCUACACCAGACCUUGAUGGAAAGAACUGCACAGAUCUUGGGCCAAAUGAAGAAACACGUGCUUGUAAUACAGAAUAUUGUCCAACAAUAUUACCUCCAAGAACUAAACCACCAACUACGACAAAACAAACAACAACACCACAAACAACACCACCACAAACAACACCACCACAAACAACAACACCACAAACUACAGCACCACAAACUACAACACCAUCCACAACAAUACCACAGAACUCCAAGUCUACAGACAAAAAAUCCGAAUCCAAUAAAGAGCAAAACAAGGCUUCUGAACUGAAUCCAACAACAUUUGUAAGUUCCAUAGACUCGCAGCAAAAGAUUGUCGAAGAACCCGCCAAGUCCUACCAAGAAUCACUGCAGUCUACUGAAAUGCCUCUAAGCUCGACUGGACAGCCUUUGGACUUUAACGAAACUAUACCAAGUGUUGCCGGAAGAAAUGACACUAUCACUUCCUAAAAGUCUGGUCACUGAGUAUAGUUGCCUUUCCCUACCAACAACAAACUAGAAAAAUUAUUGCAAAUGCCUCGUUUUGUCUUUCCAGAUGAAAAUCAAUCCAAAAAAAGAGAGUAGAUUUAAGAAUUACUAGGAAUGUUUCUGAAUUAAGAUUGGAUACAUUUAGUGUUUGAUAUAUUAAAGCGAUAAGGGUUUCAGCUGAAGAAAUACACAGAAUCUAGAACCUGUUUAACGUCGAAGUCACCUGAAAAUAAAUCAAUAUUCUAAUAAUUAAUUAUGACCGCAAUGGAAACAUUGCACGCAUUCACAUAGACAGGACUAGCGGGGAAAACAAAGAUAACAUUUAUCGAUAGUUUUGCGCUUAACUUUCUUGCGUGCAGAUUGCAAUGCUUAUAACGUGUAUUGUCAAUGAAAAGAUUGGGAUCAUGAUGGUGCAAUCACAAGAUGCAUAAGAGGGGGAUCACACUAAACGUCACCCAGUUGGCUCACUUGGUUGAACAGCGGACUUCCUUUGGGAGAUCUGGGUUCGAACUGCAAAUGGUUAGACCUUCACGUAGCUCGGAUGGCCACGUAAAAUGGCGGUCCGGUCUCUCCACAAUAUAUAAACUUGCAUCAGAGUGACGUAAAUAAACCACUGAGGACGUAAAGCCGAAACCCUGGCAAUGACCUCCCUCAGUAGGAAAAAAAAUACUGUCCCGCUUACCUAUCUCAGGUAGACCAUCAAAAGAAGCUUGUUUCACAGGCUGAUAUUCAUCUCUUUUUAGUUUUAAAGGACGUGAAAAACUGCAUGAUAGAAGAGAAGAACAAAAUGACCUUAUUGGUUAGGUUUUAAAUUCUACCCAGAAAUGAGGCUCUUCUGCACCAGGAGCGUAGCAUGUUUUUAGCGACAACUACAUGGCGCUAGGCCUUUAAUGUUUUUUUUAACUUACACCAGUCCGCCAUAAUUACGUYCAAAGUGCUUUUGUAAAUCCUCAAGGAUUGGUUGGGAAUGUAAAGCCACAAAUUGGUCUCGACAAAUCUUGAAAAUAAAAAAAUAAAAAAGACGACAUAUUUCA